GGUUUAAGGUAUAAACCUCAUCCCCUUCCUCAUUCAAUCAUAAACCCUAGUCUCGAGGCGAACCCCAUGAGACGAUUCGUGCAGAGGUUUCCCAGUUUAUUGGCUCCAAAUCUCAUCCACCACCCUCCCACGAUUCUCCGACAUCCGAAGAUCAACCCUCGCGUUGUUGUUCCUUCACUCGACCGAGUUACUUCCCGGUUCGUCUUCUUCUCUUCCGAGUCCAACUCGGCUCGUGGCUUGGGAAGCGACGAGGUUGUUUCUAAAGAAGAGCUGAAGAAGAGGAUACAAAGCUUCUUAGAUGAUGGAGACGAGGAUGCAUUGCCUGAUUUGUUCGAGGCGAUGAUGACUAGGAAGUUGUCUGGUAAGCACGAUGAAAGCGACGAUGAGGUGAUGGAGGAGGUGCGUAAGUAUCCAAUUAAUGACUCACAUAAGGUCGAUGACAAUGUCGAGAGUGAUGGUGAUUCAUCUGAUUCCGAUAUCGAGAGUGAUGACCUGAGUGAUGGUGAUUCAGAUGAAGAGAGUGAUGACCUGAGUGAUGGUGAUUCAUCUGAUUCGGAUGAAGAGUUUGAUGGUCUAAAAGAUGUUGACUUGUCUGGUCGUGGCAUCAAGAUUGAUGGUCUGAAAGAUGUUGACUUGUCUGGUCUUGAUGUCAAGAUUGAUGGUCUGAAAGAUGUUAACUUGUCUGGGCUUGGUAUCAAGAUUGGUGGUCUAAAGCCUGAUCACUCGUCUUAUUUCGACUCUGAAAGUGAUUAACUUGACUUACAUUACAUCCUAGUAAUCGAAGAUUUUUGAGAGGAAGCAACUGCAUAGUGAAUGGAACCAGAACAUGUUUUGGUGCAAGUUGGCCUUAAUUUCUAACUUUAGAACCACGUGUUUGUACUUCCUUAGUGGUAAUACCUUAUAUCGUACUCUACUCUAAUGAAUUUAUGUUUACUUUUGAACGUGCUUUGAUAUUUAAUUUUAACUGUCCAACAAGUUUAUUAUA